AUGUCACUACGCUUUCUAACUCGUCGGCGUGAUCGCUCCAACAGCACAUCCAACUCACUCGACAGCAAACCAUCCUCCUCCUCUCCUCUCCUCUCACCCCACGAUCCAUUUGCAAAAGGCAAAUCAGCAGUGCCAGCCCAAGUUCAAAUCAUCAGUUGGCACCCUCGCGAUCUCGAAUCUUCCGGUCGUCAAGUUCAUAUUCGAUCUAGAGCAGAUGACACUUGCUCAGCUACACCUGUAUACCAUGCUUUUACUGCAUCCUCUGUGCGCCGUGGUUCAGAGAUCUUGACGCCGCCGCAAGCAAGCAGUACCAGCAGCCAUAGUAGUCCUCGUCACGCCCCACGCCAUGUGCAGCAGACAAGGGUUGAAGCUAGUGCUGCAACCAGCAGAGCUAGACUUACGUCUGCUUCUUCUCGCAGCUACGAUGAUCAGUGCAGCAAGCCUGACUCGCUGCACUUGAAGCACCCAGUUUCUAGGCUAGUAGCAUCGACAUUGCUGGACACGCCUCGUAGCGAACAUGUCGAGCUGUUGCAGCCGAGUUGGCCUACGCCCGACAGGGAUGCACAAGAACAACGUAGCUCGCUCAUUCAUAGCCAUACUACGCCUCGACCUGCCGAGUCUCUCCCUCACCACACUAAGACCGCCGGCUACGAUGAUACCCUUACCGACACUGAGGACGCUUCAAUAUACUCUCGAAUGCCUUCCAGCUCACGCUCACACUUUGCCUCAAUCCACCCAAGCGCCUCUGUUGCGUCCCUAGCUAGCUUCCUCUCCUUAGGCGGUGGUUCAAAAGACACCCCAGCACCUGCAUCAACAGAGUUGACCAAGACGGCUUCAUCAUCAUCAUCUAGCUUCAACAACACUUUGCUCUCGCGUACGCCUUCUACUCGUCGACUACGUCGCAGCACGAAUGCCUCUUCGGCUGAUAUUCAAAUCUCAGCUUCUUCCACCGAAUCAGGUGCAGGGCCAAGUGUGGCGCCAGAGAUGAUUGCUUCACGAUCACGCAGCUCUUCGCUCAGUUCUUUGACGCCAAAGUUCUUGCGGUCCAAGCAAGGUGCACAGGCGCCCUCAACUCCAAGCGGCAAAAGCAAACGUUCCAGAGGUGCGCCCCCUUCAGCCUGGCGAUCAGACAUUGCAAGCACAGCAACAGCAGACAUGACAAGUGCCGAUGCUGGUGGUGCUUCCUCAACCUACAGCUCCGACAACCAAGGCUCUUCUCACGGCCACGGACAUCAACAGGAGCACACAAGUAGCAGCACACUCGGACACCUCCUCAGCAAAGUCGCAGUAUCAGCCCAUGUACGAAAGAGCAGUGCCGACGCAGCAUCAGACCGCUUCUAUCACCGCUCACCCGCACCCAACACCCACCGCCCUCUCACAGCAACAAUAGGCACAUCCUCCUCCCCCCUCCUAGCAUCAAGCAUCACAGCAGUAGACUCACCCAUCAUCUCCGGUCUCCCACUCCCAGAUCCUACACCCGCAUCCAUCUCUCUUCUGGUUACAAGUCAGUUGUUCAAACGUCUAGGACCACCACCUGUUGGUUUGGAACCACAUUGUUUCCACGAAAGGGUAGCACUGAUUCAGGGUUACGUGCAGAGUCAAGUUCCUCCCCCGCCAUGUCCUAAAUCUCCUCCUCAGGGUGUCCAAAGGGCGAGUCUUCCUCCUCCGCCAAGGAAGAGGAGGGAUGUAGCGGCGCUGGAGGAUGAGUUUGAUAAGUUGGAGUGUCUGGCCGAGGUUGAGAUGGCCAAGUUCGCCUCGGCUGGAGGAGUAGGCUUGGAGGAGUUGAGAUUGGAAGAAGCGUUUCUGGAAGCCAGAAGGAGGAGUGGCGUUGAUUGGAGUAGGAGUCAUUUCGAGCUAAGGUCUGCCGUUGGGGCUGGUAGUCCGAGAAUGAGGGAUGCAGUUCCUCCCGGCGUGAGCACGAGUGCAGGUUUAGGGCUCUUAACGCACAAAGAUGUAAGUGGAGCAGAAGGAGGGUUGGGUGUCUCACUAAAGCCGGCACCCAGGACAAGAAGAAGGCCUGUAAUCGUUGGUGCCGAUGCGGAGGAUGGGAAGGGUAAAAGGCCUACCACUGCUCCUGAAACAGAACAGGCCUGUAUAGCAGCAAAGUCAAACUUCACCUCCCCUCGCAGGAGAGAAGAAGGAGCGGGGCAAAGAGAACUAUUCACCCCACAAUCAUUCAGUUUUAAACCCCACCAACUCCACAAUACUUCUAUCGUGGACGAAGCUCGGUUGCAUUCUCCCCUCUCUCCCCUCUCACAACUUUUGCCGCUUACCCAAAACCCGGCACCAUCCAGCUACACCCCCACCUCAGGGUCCGGGAAGCAGAGAAGAGGUAGUAGCGAUAGAGAUAGUUCCUCGAGCCAUACUCACCAGUCGAAUUCCUCCGCGGCUACUUCGACCCAGUCACCGCUGUUUUGGAACCAUCAUCAUGCGUUCAGGGGCGGAGGAAGGUUGAAGAAGGGAGGAGGGGAGAUGGACGAAGGAACAGAGGAAGGAGAAGGGGAUGAAACGGAAGAUACGACUAGUUGCGAGAGUUUAAGUGAUGCAACAAAGGUUGUCCAGCAGCAACAGGCGCUGGGAGAUGGGGUUAUUUGGUAG